UUUCGAUCGCUCUGUCUGAGAAAAACCUUGGACGGAACGGAAACGAGAAAUAGAGUAUCUAACUACUUGCUGCGGCCUGCCUGCUUGCUGUUCUCUUCUCCUCCUUCUCUCCCGUACCUCUCAUCGCCCGCGCGAAAUCCUCACAAACCCCCCUCCCACCACCGCCAGCAAGCCCGCGCAAGCGACACGCACGAAUCGAAACAAGCCUAAACGUAGCUCGCCACCUAGCCUCCACCUCCACCCCUACAUAUGUCCACCGCGCCGUUUGCCUCUCCGUCAUCACCGGCUGCGGCCUUCGCCGGGCAAGCCCGCGGAGCGCGGCCGCGCCGCCCAUCGUUUACAGAGUCGUACAUGAACUCGCGGGCGCCGCUGGGGGCGCUCGCGGCAACGGGCGACGCAAUCGGCAGUGCGCCGUCGCUGGCAGACCUGCGGCGGCACAGUGUUGAGCGUCGGAGGAGCUCGGGCGCCGCGAGGCGCGCAAGCUCCGUUAGUGCCCUUGGGACGUCCGCGAGUCCGCCUAUUGCUGAGAGGAGGAGUGAAGAUACUCGUGGGGUGGGUGGGCUUGUUGUUGUUGCUGCGGUGGAGGGGGGUGGGGUGCAGCUGGGGGAGGGUGUGGAGAAGCGUAAUGGUGUCGGGAAUGGGGAGGUGGAGAGUGGUGAUGAUGACGAUGACGAAAAACCCGGCUGGUGGGCGGUCACAGUCAGCGGCCUCAAGGCGUUCUGGAAGUUUUUCAAAACGUGGACGGGAUUCUUCGUGACGAUUUACAUGCUCAACGUAAUCGCCUGGGGCGGCAUGCUCUUCCUCCUUCUCUGCAACGCCUCACCCGCAAUGUGCCACCCAACCUGCAACGACCUGCAGUCACCACGGCGGAUCUGGAUCGAAAUCACCUCUCAAAUCCUGAACACGCUGUUCUGCCUGACGGGGUUCGGGCUGAUCCCGUGGCGCUUCCGCGACCUGUUCCACCUGCUCAACUGGCGCCUCAAGGGUAACAAGAUGGGCUACAUCAAGCUGCAGGAGAUAAACCAGGACUGGUACCGGCCCAAGGCUUCCACUGCCUCUGCCGCCGCGCAGGACGAGGAGGGGGCCGCGCAGGACGGGGAGGAGGAAGAGGAGGAAACCCUGACCGGCCAACAUGCGCCCCCCACCGGCAGCUGGAAGCUCGACUACGUCAUCUGGCUGUACGUCUGGAAUACGUUCUUCCAGGCGUGUCUGAGCGGGUUCAUGUGGGGGAUGAACCGGUAUGACCGCCCGAGCUGGAGCACGGGGUUGUUUGUCGCGCUGUCGUUUAUUGUGGCCGGGUUGGCGGGCGGACAGGUGUGGUGGGAGACCAGGAAGGUCAAGAAGAUUGAGGGAGACCGGAAGAAGGAGGAGAAGAAGAAGGCGUUGAAGGAGGAGAAGAGGGAGAAGGAGAAGGCGAGGGCUAGGGCUGAGUAGAUGAUUUGAUACCCACCUGGGAAGUACACAUGCGUUUUUGGUGUUUUUGGUUGGCAUGGUGGCAUUGUGGCAUUGUGGCAUGGCAUGGCAUGUGGGAUGCAACAGCGAUGAUACCGAUUGUAAUUCUAGUUUUCCUAUUCUUCUGUGUCUUUUCUAUGUCUUUUUUGUGUCUUUUUUUUGUUCUGCGGGUGUUGGGAUGGUACAUACAUAUGGGGUUCAAGAGAGAUGGGUUUUUGGUCCGGAUACCGAGUUCGUUCUCCGUAUAUCACUCGUGCAUACACGUAAAAUCACGAUACUGCGCGCGUUGGGAGCUCAGGAAACGGGAAUAAAGGAGGAGGGCGCUGAAGUCGGGGAGCCGGGAUCACUCCCGCUGUUCCUCGCCACACUAUGUACGGUAUCUUUCAUGGCAUCUCCUGAUGGAGAGGCAGGAGCGG